UGCACAACUGUAUUUUUGGUUUAACAACGUCUUGUCGUGACCGUUUUCAAAUUAUUGUGCGACGCGUUUCGUGACCACCGUUAUCAUCGACGAUUGAAUAGUUUGCCGAUAGCAAAUAAUGUCAUUAUUAUGUCCCUUGCGAAGUGAGUUGGUACACCACUGAGUUCAGCCAAAACAGUCAGGCUGAACUAGAACUUCUUCAGCUGAGCUUGGCCUACUUUAGUGUUAACCUUGACCUUAUCUAUGAGGUCAGUUGUCACGGAAGUGGGGCAUGGUGGUUCUAAAAUUAGUAAUUCUUUAUUUACAACUAAGGCCAGCCCUGAGUUUUGUUGACUCUCACGGCCACGAGUGAACUUGAUUGGCUCAUGAGGUUACCGGCGGCGUUUAUUGUUGUCUGUUCGUCCAUGUGGCAAGGAACUGUUCCUUCCGUGAUCAGGUCAUGAAGGUCUGAACGUGAGACUGAGGUCGGUGUGUUGUGAAUUUUUGUUGAAAUGUUUGAUUCUGACGCUUUUCUCUGCAUUGACUCGCUCUUCGUCUCAAGUCCCCAAGCAGUGAUUUUUUUUUUUUUACUGAAGUGACAGCUUGACCGAGCCCAGAAUUACCUCUGAAAACAUUUGGAUGAUCGUGAUAAAGACAUGAAAGGUUCAGCCUUGAUAUCUUCAACUGAAUAUAUGAUCUCUAAAGAGGAACCUAAACCCACCCUAAUGGCUUUUGAAGCCCGCAAACUUAUGAGAGAUAAUUCAGUUGGGAGCACUGACAGCUUUGAUUCUGAUGGACAGUUUUGUACAGAAGCACGCUGCAUAAUGGAUGGCAAAAAGGGCUAUGAGAGCCUUGGAAGGUCUGUUUGCAGCGAUGGUCAGAUUGCUGACAGUGAUGACUCUGGAGAAAAUACAACCAGUGGCUUUAGCAGUCAGCAAGAAACGCGUUCAGCAAACACAGUUUCACGGCAUAUCAAGGGUGAAUUUGUAAAAACUGUGAGUUCGUUGGGGUCAAGAAAGAAGGUUUUUCAACAUCAGAGGCAGCAGAACUACAAACUGAAUGAAUCUUCAAAAACAAGUGUUCUUCAAAAGAUGUGUAAAUUAUGUGGUGGUGAGAUGCAAGAAGAAGUUACAGACACUGAAGUGGAAGAGGACUCUAAACCUGGCAUAUUUACCAACAGUUGUCAAGUGCUGAAACGUUCUCUGUCGAAUGUGAUGCCUGAUUGGAUAAUGGAACCAGAGUAUAUGGUUCAUCCCAAGCCUAGAGUCAAUAAAAACAUAGUUCACAGUCAUGCUGACUCACUCUUCAGCACGAGCAGUGGCUUUACCAACUAUUAUGGAAUUCUCAACCUUUGUCUCAUACUGCUGGUCUUGGCAAAUGCUCGUCUUUUCUUAGAGAAUAUUAUAAAGUAUGGAAUUCUUUUCAACCUGUCUUUCACUGAGUGGUUUUUCAAAGAGCCGUACAACUGGCCAAACUUGAUAUUGACGUCAUCUAUUGCUGUUUAUCCUGCCAUCGCCCUUUUAACAGAAAAGGCAUUGUCUAAGGGUUACAUCAGUGAAAAGUUUGGUGCUGCCAUCUAUGCUGUUGACCUGCUCACAUUACUGGUGCUGCCUGCUGCUGUCAUUUACUACCUACACCCAAUCAUAGUGUUUUCUAUUUCCACCUUGGGCAUUGUGACAAUUUGCUUUUUGAAGUUGGCAUCAUAUGCCCACACCAAUAGCUGGUGCAGAAAGCAUCAUGCAGCAAACAAACUCAAACGACGACGCUCAGUGGAUAGCGGUCCUGAUGGUGCAACUGCUGUUAACAGUUCUGGCAGCGGACCCCAGGUCUAUCCCAACAACUUGAAUGUAAACGACAUGGUAUAUUUCCUGUUUGCACCCACCCUGUGUUAUGAGCUGAAUUUCCCACGGUCUGCUCGCAUCCGGAAACGAUUUUUGGCUAGAAGACUCCUAGAAAUGCUGUUCCUGUCUUGGCUCAUGGUUGCCCUGGUGCAACAGUGGAUUGUGCCUGCUGUAAACAACGCCAGGCAGCCUCUUGCAGAGAUGGAGAUUUUCAAGAUGCUGGAGAGACUUCUCAAGCUGAGUAUUCCAAAUCACUUUAUCUGGCUGAUUUUCUUCUAUUGGAUGUUCCAUUCCUCCCUUAAUGUGGUUGCAGAGCUGCUGAGGUUUGGGGAUCGUGUCUUCUACCGUGACUGGUGGAAUGCUGAAACUGUGUCUGAAUUCUGGCAGAACUGGAAUAUUCCGGUGCACAGAUGGGCCACUAGACAUGUCUACAAGCCUCUUUUGAAAAAAGGAGUUUCCAAACUGGCAGCUUCAACAAUCGUCUUUUUACUCUCUGCAUUUUUCCAUGAGUAUUUGGUCAGCAUUCCACUUCGGAUGUUCAAAAUUUGGGCCUUCACAGGCAUGUUGAUGCAGGUUCCAAUCGCAUACAUCACCGCCAAAUACAUCCGAGGCAAGUGGGGCAACAUUAUCAUGUGGCUGUCACUGAUUGUGGGCCAGCCUGUCGCUAUCCUCGCCUACUUUCAUGACUACUUCAUUGUGCGCUCCCUGCCAUUUGCUAAUGGCACAAUGCCCAACUACAACAUGUAGAGGUCCUCAGAUGAAAAAAAGGGAUUGAACAAUUCUUUUUUUUUCUUCUUUUUUUUUUUACAAAUCUUAUGGUGUGAUAUGUUGUUGUUUUUUUUGUUAGGCCAAAACUGCCAUGGGUUCUUUUGAUUUUGUUUUGAACCUGAAAAGUUUGGAUGAACUCCUGAAGAUGAUACUAUCAACAUAAUGAAAUUUGUUUUGCCGAUGACUUGAGUGGCCUUGGAGAAUAUCAUGUUACUGUUUGUUUCCUUUUGGUCCCUUCAUGUGUUCUGCCAAUUUUUCUAUUUACCGGUACUCUGAAGUGGUUCUCAGUAACUAGAAUGAUUGUGCUGCAGACACUCGUUUACUGGGUCUUCAAGAAGCAGAGCUGCACUCUCUGUGAUUUUUUAAAAUUUUAACAUUUUGGGCUGUCUUAUAGAAUAAUUUUUGGCCUUUUGUAAAAAAAGAAAUUUGAUUCUUCUUGAAUGUCAAGUUAAUGUAAUUUUGUCACACCCCCCACCCCCCCCUUCUUUUUUUUUCUUUCUUUUUUUUAGCAGUCUAGUGUGUUCACACAAUGUUCCUACACCUUUUUUUUUCUUUCAGUCUAGUACAUACACUAUAUUCCUAUUUUUAAAAAAAUUCAGUCUGGUAUACACGCUAUGUUCUUUCAUCUUCUUUAUUCUCUGUCAGUCUAGUAUACACACUAUGUUCCUACAUCUGCUUUAUUCUUCAUCAGUCUAGUGAACACACUAUGUUCCUACAUCUUCUUUAUUCUCUAUCAGUCUAGUGUACACACCAUGUUCCUAUGAAUUUUUUUUCUGUCUUGCACACAUACAAUGAUCAUCUUUUUUCUUUUACAGUCGAGUAUACACAUAAUGUUCGUAUAUAUUUUUCAGUUUAGUUUAUACACAAUUUUCCUACAUUGUUUAAACAGCUUGUUAUGUUUGAUGGAAAUUGUGGUUUAUCAAUACUGUAAAUCUUUUGUUUUUGUUGUUCCGGAUUGAACUACAGGAGAUUCCUUUGUAUUAUUAUGACUUGUUGUUUGGGUUGACUGGAAUGUAUUACGUCUAUUUACUAUUUCUCUGUACUAUUUCUCAGGUGAAGUAACAAUGUGUGUGUGCCUGUGCGUGUGCUAGUGGAGAAGUUGGCUUCUCAGAGAUUAGACGAAUUUAUAUUUUACACCUCAUCAUGACAUUUCUGAAACUGAAAGUGUUCUCCGUGUAAGAGGUCAAUGCCCACUGUUGGAAACAAAGUGUCUACAAGUUGUGUUAGCUGGUGUGGACUUGUAAUUUUGUUGGGCGGGGGGGGGGUUGGCCUUUAUAGAUCUACCAUGGUAUAUAUUUGCAAAUCUUCCAAGUACCCCAAAAAAAUUCCAUUUAUUUGCUUUUAAGAUACCUGACUCUUGUCAGAUUUGCAUGCAAUUUAUUUGCGUAAAAACUUCCAUCAGACCAUGAACUUGUUUUUAAAAUGAUACGUGAUAUGGAAGGACGCACUGCUAUGAUUUGCUACGCUGGCGAACAUGUAUCAAUCACUCUCUGUACCUGAAUCACGUUAGCUUGAGUCUGAAAUGUCGCUACAACAUUUGGGAAGUGAAAUUUCAAGUAGCUGCUCAUAUGACUUAAUCAACUUAUCAAAAAAUUACAAAUGUUCUGUGAAAUCAAUAAAACUAAGGUAAAAAUAGAUUUUCCCAUGUGACUUUCUUUAGAUGCAUACUACGUUCAGCUCACUAACAUGUGGCUCACUGGUUGAAUUUUAUUUGUAAUAGCCAAUUUAUAACGCGAUAUUUAUGGCAGAUCUGUUUCAAAGGGGGAAAUGAAGUUUGUAAGCCCUCAGUUUUCAAGCCAGGAAGUGGUGGACUAGCCUAUAACUUGAGUUUUAAAGGUGGAAGUUGCAUAACUGUGUUGUUGUUGUGGCUGUUGUUGUUAUGGCUGUUUUGGAAAGAACAAGUAUACUGUGCGUAAUUGGUGCUCAUCUUAAUUUCUUAUUAUGGAAAAAGUUUUUGAGUCAUAUUCUUUUUUUGAAAAGGGUCUGAGGUUGCAUUUAGCCGAGUUCCAUGCAUUCCUGUUCUUUCUUGGCUCCUUUUAUGGAUCUUGAUUGCCAGUUGGUUGGUUUCAGCCAAAUUCAUUAUCUUCUUUUCUAUUGAUACUUAAGAACUAGCGGUAUUGUCAUGUGCCUAAAUGAGCUCUUAUGAAGGGCACAAUGCACCACCAUUUCUUAUGCUUCUUGUUUAUACUUUUGUUAUUGUAUUACUUUUCUGUAUAGGACAAAUAUACAUAUAAUAAAUGCAACUUGAACUCUUCACGUUUUAUGAAUUUUUGCUCACUGUACUUGAUGUGAUUUCAAAGCGUUAUUUUUAAAUUGUCAAUUUAUGGAGUGAGUUUGUGUCAUCACUUUUGAUGAUGUAUAUGUUGUCUUAAUAACCAGCAUAAAAUUUGCUUGUCUGUACUGUUCUAAAAACUACAAGUCUUGAGAGAAAAGUCCGCAAAUUGUAUAAUGAUUGUUAAAAUCAGUGAAACAUCUCGGAUCUAAUCAAACAGCUUGUCUCAUAGGCUGCCCUUGAUCCUGGUUUUUUUUUUUUUCUUUCUCGAGACAAGGUUGGGGUGGGCAAACAAGCCAUAUAUGUGAGUGAAUAGGAGAGGUACAAAAAACACUAUCAUAAAUUUUAUUCUUCGUUCAUGAGUAGUGUUGGAGAUACUGUAUCAUGUGGUUUGUUUGUCUGCUGGCACUUGCUGUAUGACCCAGAUAAGUUUGUAUAUUUGCAAACUUGUCCCUCUGUCAUGCCGGAGCUGUUUGCUAGCUGUAUAGAUGAAAGAGGGCAUUUAGGAAGAGCAUGCCUUUAAAAAUGGAAGUUCUGUAAAAUUUUGUUAUAUAACUCAGGUCUGCAUUUAUUUUUACAAUUUCUGUUUAGAGACAGCUAUACCUUCAAAUUUAGUUCACUUCCUUAGCCUAAGUCUGGAGUAGUGUUGGGCGCUGAUCGAUACCAGUACUGGGUACCUGUUAAGAAUGAACCCCUUAGUAAGUACUUAUUUUCGUUGCUUAGUCGAUACUAAUCGAUACCCUAGUUUUGGAAUGUCGGGAUUUUUAUGAUUUUUUAAAAACUAAAAAGCAUUGAAAAUGCUGCUGACCAAAAAACUAUUGUUCGUGAUAUACACAGACAUGCAACUGGUUUCCAUGGUAGAAGUUGGUGGAUUCCAAGACUUCAUGAAUGCCGUUGAUUUCCCCAAAAUUCAGACGGCAACUUUCGAGAUGCAGCUAAAGUAGAAAAAAAAAAA